CACACUCGCGGAGAUAACAGCUAGCAAAGGUUGAAAUUUCAUGCCUUUUCGUCCACGGGAUCACCGGGACGACGGCGGAUGGAGAUGGAGAUUCCUUUAAAAAGGCGUUGUUGCUUCUUGUCCCCUCCCACUCUCGCACGUCCCUUUGUUUGAGUAGUUGAUCGAGCGGGAACUUGAAAUCAUGGCGGAGACAAAAGAGAGCACUGGGACGCUGGACACGAAGGUCGUAAAGGACCAGGAACACAUUAUGCGCAUUCCGCACGAUGAAGGUUUCCUGCAGUCUACGUUGCCUCGUAUUGCCGGCGUCAUCCCGUUUGCAGCGUGGUUCAUUGUUGUCAACGAAUUUUGCGAACGAUUUGCGUUCUAUGGUGGUUCCCUUACUUUCCAAAACUAUAUUGAAAACCCAGAGCAAACCGCACUUCAGCGGGCCACAUUGGAGCGACAGCCAGGAGCGCUUGACAAGGGACAAUCAACGGCCACAGCUUUGAGCAACUAUUUCAUGUUCUGGGCCUACUUUACUCCUCUCAUUGGCGCCACCGUUGCUGACCAGUAUUGGGGAAAAUACAAAACCAUCCUCACCUUCUCCAUCAUUUACAUGGUCGGAUGGAUCAUCCUCUGCACCUCAUCGAUUCCCAAUGGAUACAUGGAGGAUGGAACCCCAACCUGGGGAGGCUUCGCCUUUCCCGGCUAUGUCAUCUCGAUCACCAUUAUUGGUCUCGGAACUGGCGGCAUCAAAUCGGUCGUCAGCCCAAUGUGUGCGGACCAGAUUCCGAAAGAGUCUUACAUGAUCGAAAAGAAUGGAAAGCAGUACAUUGUUGAUCCUGACCUCACCGUGCAGCAUUUGUACAACUGGUUUUACUGGGCCAUCAACAUUGGAUCUUUGAUUGGACAGACGGUGUGUACAACUUUGGAACGAUCGGCAUUUUGGAAGGCCUAUCUUUUGCCUAGUUGCAUGUUCCUGCUUUCCAUCUGCAUUUUCUAUUCGGGACGAAAGCGUUAUGUACAUGUACCACCUGAAGGAUCCGUGAUCUUGAAGGCGUAUCAAUGUAUUCGGUACAGCCUUGUUAGAAAGCGAAAGUACAAGGCCACGGUUCAACCAAAUUCAAAGAAUUUUGCUUUCCUGGAUUACGCCGACUCUAUACCCGGUGAGACGCAAGAGGAAGUGGCUCAAAGAAAGUGGACGGAUGCGUUCCCUUCAGAAUUGAGGCAGACGCUCAAGGCGUGUUCGAUCUAUCCUUUGUUGACUAUUUACUGGGUAUGCUACUCUCAAAUGACCAACAACCUGAUCUCGCAGGCCAGUCAGAUGCAGCGGCCCAGCUGGAUGUCAAACGACUUGAUCAACAUUAUGGAUCCUCUUAUCUUGGUUCUCAUCAUCCCCAUUUUUGACUAUGGUAUAUACCCGUACCUCUCGCGCAAAAACAUCCACUUUGGAUACAUGAAGCGUAUUUCAAUCGGUUUCUUCCUUGGUGGCGCGUCGAUGGCCGUAGCCGCAAUUGUGCAAAAGAAGAUUUACGAGGCACCCCCCGGAUUUGACCAUCCAGGUGACGUCGCAAAUGAGAUUUCUGUCUGGUGGCAGAUUCCAUCGUAUGUCUUGAUUGCAACUUCUGAAGUGUUUGCCUCCAUUGGCUCGCUUGAGUACUCUUAUACCCAUGCCCCAACGUCUAUGAAAUGUCUCAUCUCAGCCCUUUCCCUGCUCCCCAACGCUGGUGCCGCGUUGAUCGGCAUCUUCCUUUCCCCAGCUGCCAAGGACCCUAACAUGCAUUGGAUGUAUGCCGGAACAGCGAUUGCUGCAGGCAUUUCCACUGUAAUAUUCUACCUACUCUUUAGGAAAUUCGAUGUGGAGGACAAGGAGAUGUUGGACGCGGCAAGAGCGUUGGGAGUACCAAAUCAAAAGACCGCUGCAGAAAAGGCUGAGGCAGAGGAAAGGUUGUAGAUAGUUUUAGUGGCUAGUUUUUCUUGUAUGAUGAAUUGUUUUUAAAGAAAUGAAGCAUUUUGAAAAUAUGAACUUUGUUUGCAACGGA